UUUAGAAACCAGUUGAAAUCCGUUUCUUACUUUCAUUCAUUUUUCUCUUGCUCGGUUCUCUUUGUCCAUACCCUCCCCAUUCUCCUAUUCACUCCCUCACUUUCUCGCCGGAAUUUUCCCUUUCUUUCCCGAUAAUCUCCGGGAAAAUUUCCGGAGCUCGAUCAAAUCUAUAUUCAGGUUUUAGGAAAACCCUAGGUUGCUUCUUCAUUGCGGGAAUCUUCGGGGGGGAAAGGUUCCGGAACUCGAAAAAUUCCGAAUUCAGUAGUGGAUAUAUGUUGUUUGGAUUGAUUUGAUUAUUGAUGUCGCUGGAGCCGAUACCGUUGGAUCGAAAAAGCUCGUCGUUGAGAGAGAGGAAGCAGGGGAGUUCGGAGUCUUUAGGAUCAGUAGCAAGAUGGAGAGGUUCACCGUCACCUUCUCAUCAUAAUCGACGACCGCAUGAGUUUAAUCGGUCUGGUGAUUUUCGGAGACUGGCAGGUCAUCGUAGGAUGGGUAGUUGGCAACAAUUUCCAGAAGAACGUGAACACAUGUUUUCUCGAUCUUGUGACAAGAAGCUGGAGGAAGAUAACUAUCGGCCGUCAUUCUCUCGAGGAGAAGGAAGGUAUGAAAGGGGAAAUAAGGAAAGUAGAGGAACCUUUAGCCAGAGAGAAUGGAGAGGACGUUCAUCGGAAAAUGUGAACAACGCUCCGAAUAUGUCCAGGAGGCAAACCGGUGCAAGUAAUGACCGCAAGUCAGUUGAUGAUAUGCUAACGUAUUCCUCUCGUCCAAAUUCCGACUUAGUAAAUACUUGGGAGCAACAUCAAAUGAAAGACCAACAUAAUAAGAUGGAUGGUGUUAAUCGGUUUGGUAUAGGUCAAAGAUGUGAUAGGGAUAGUUCUAUGGGUACAGUUGACUGGAAGCCACUUAAAUGGACCCGACCUGGAUCUUCACGAGACUCUGGUUUUAGCCGUUCAAGUGGCAUGAGGAGCUUAGGAGGGACAAGUUUGUUGGGAAGCUGUGAAGGUAAGGUUGGGUUGCAACAAAAAUUUGUAACUGCUGAUGAGUCAUAUUCAAGGGAAGCUGCUACAUUUCGUACUUCUUCUGCUCCAUCUGAAGAGACAAAUUCUAAGAAGCCUAGGUUAAAUUGGGGCGAGGGACUUGCAAAGUUUGAAAAAAAACAAGUUGAGGUGCCUGAGGUAACUUCAAACAAAGAUGACCCUGUCUCACCUCCUUUUAAUAUGGAAUCCAAUAAUUUCCUCAGUCCUGGCUUAGUAGAUAAAAGCCCAAAAGUUUUAGGAGUCGCAGGUUGUGCAUCUCCUACAACUCUAUCUUCUACACCUUGCAGCUCUUCACCAGCAGGUGCAGAUGAUAAAUUGUUUGGAAAAGUUGCAACUUUGGACUGCGAUGUUGAAAAUUCGGGUUGUUCACCCGGUCCUGGGUGUCAAAGUCAUCUGCAAAUGUUUUCUUUCAACUUAGAGAAGGUGGAUAUUGAUUCAUUGACUAGGUUGGGCUCUUCUCUUGCUGAGUUAUUACCACAAUUUGAUAAUCUCAACUCUAUCGAUUGUAGUGUAUUAAGUUCCACCACAAUGAAUAAGUUGAUGUUAUUGAAGGCUGACAUUUCAAAGUUACUAGAGGUGACCGAAACUGAAAUUGAUUCACUUGAAACUGAACUUAGAUCUCUAAAAUCUAAAUCUGAGGGUAGAUUUUCAUGUUCGACAGCGAUUGGCUCUCUGGUAUGUUGCAAUUCAAAAUCUUGUGAUAAACAUGUUGGAGCCUCUGACAAGGUUGCGCAUUUUGAGCCAUUGCAAAUUGUAUCUUCUGAUGACCUUGUUGUGGAGAAGACACCUUUUUCUUCUAACUUGCUUGACAAUCCUGAACCUGCAAGGUCUAAAUUUGUAGAGCAUCUUCCCAUGAUUAAUGCAGUCUCUAGAUGUGAUGUGGGGAGAUAUGGUAAUUGCCUUGAAGACUUGGAUGGAAUUCAAUCUACUUCUGUACAAUGCUUAGUUCCCUGUACUUAUAGGCAUGUUGCCAAUGUUUCUUCUUGCGGUAAUAAUUCAUCUUUGGAGGUUGUUUCUUCUUGCGGUGAUAAUAAUUCAUCUUUAGAGGUUAAAAAUGGUGUGGAUGCUAAGUCUAGUGCAAGCUUCUAUUCUAGCACUGAGGAUAAUUUAUAUGAUCAAAUUAUUUCUUGCAAUAAAAAAAUUGCAAAAGAAGCAUCUGACGUAAUUGCCAAGUUAAUGCCUGAAAAAUGUCGCAAGAAUAAUAAUAUCGGAGCUAGUAGUAGUUCAUGCUCUCAUGAUGGCACGUUUAUUAUGGAAGGAUUUGCAAAGAGAAGACGAUCAGCAAGAUUGAAGGAGAGAGUUGUAACACUUAAGUUUAAAGCAUUGCAACACUUGUGGAAAGAAGACUCAAGCUUACUGUCUACUAGGAAACACCGCCCAAAAUCUCAAAAGAAAAUUGAAUUAGAUCUACGCACCACAAAUAAUGGUCAUCAGAAGAAGCGGUCUUCUUUUCGUUUUCCUUCCCCUGCUGCAAACAAACUAAGAUUGGUUCCAACAUCUGAGAUGAUCAAGUAUACAAGCCAACUUCUCUCAGAAUCAAAACAUGACAUUCACAGAAGCACCUUGAAGAUGCCAGCAUUAAUUUUGGAUCAAAAAGAAAAAAUGAAUUCAAUGUUUUUAUCUAGUAAUGGGCUGGUUGAAGAUCCUCUGGCUAUUGAGAAAGAAAGGGCCAUGAUAAACCCUUGGACUUCAGAAGAGAAAGAGGUUUUCUUGGAGAAAUUUGCUGCCUUUGGAAAAGAUUUUCAAAAAAUUUCUACUUUCCUUGACCACAAGACAACAGCGGACUGUGUGGAAUUCUACUACAAAAAUCACAAGUCUGAUUGUUUUGAGAAAAUCAAGAAGAAAGAUGAUGACAAGGUAGGGAAAUUUUUUAACGCCAAAACUGAACUGAUAAAAUGGAAUUCUGAAGCAAACACUUCUUCGCUUGAAGUUUUGAGAGCAGCUUCAGUGACGGCAGAUGGUAUUGCGCUUAAUCGGAAAAUGCGUUCUGGACGUUCCCUAUGGAGGGGUUAUGAUAAUAAGACCAUGUCAAAGGGAGACAAAAUCAUUGCAGAGAAGCCAAACAGUCAUGCCAUUAUUCAAGAGGAAAGAGAGACUAAUGCAGCUGCUGAUGUAUUGGCUAGUAUAUGUGAUGAUUUUCAUUUACCUGAGGCAGCGAGUUCCUCCAUAACUAGUUCAGCUGAUCCUGUGAAAGGCAAAAGGGUCAGGAAGUCGGUGAAAGCGAGGGCCAUAUGCAAGCAACCUCCGAUGCCAGUCAUGACUCAAAGUAUUGAUCCUGAAAGUUGUUCUGACGAGAGCUGCGGUGAAAUGGAGCUUACCGAUUGGACAGAUGUGGAGAAGGCAGCAUUUCUCCAUGCUCUAUCAUCUUUUGGAAAGGAUUUUGCAAAGAUUGCUCAGUGUGUUGGAACAAGAUCCCAAUUCCAGUGCAGAGCAUUUUUUUGCAAGACUCACAAACGCAUUGGAAUGGAUCUCAUGGGUGAAAGAGCUGGAGUUGUCGGAUCACCGGGGGAUGAUGAUGUGGAUGGUGGCAGGAGCGAUGCAGAUAAUGCAUGCAUUCCAGAGACAGCUUCAGCCAAUGGUUCUGAUACGUCAGGUUCUAAAACAGUUGUUGACCAGCCUGCAUAUGAUAAGAACCUGUAUCAAGAGGAAUCUAAUCCUUUGGUAGCCAGGAACCUGUCAGCUGAGUCAGAUGAAUCUGAGGAAAUUAACGGAAAAGCUGAUCGCAAAGAAGUAAAUAUUUUUUCUAAUGAAUACGUGACCGGCAGUGAAUCUAAACUGGGCACGGAUUGUAAUGCAGCUGCCUUGUACAGUUUUGAUGGGCCUGGUACUGUCCAGCACCAGAGUGCUAUAGUUAUCUCGGAUAGCACAGAAAUUGUAAAAGAUAAGCCGAGUGAAGGUGGAGGUGCUGUUACAGAAUUGGUGUCUGAUAUGGGGACAAUUGAACCAUGCUGCUCUAAUUCUGCUGCUGAGGGUAGACUGGUUUCUGAUGGUUCUUCUGGGCUUCAGGGAAAUGAAUUGGAAGCUUCAACUGUAUGUCGAGUUGAUACAGAUGAAGUUGUUACAGAUGUUGUAAUUGAACUGAAAGACAAUGUCCACAAUUCAAGAACUUCAGGGAAUACUUCACUAUCACCCGUGGAAGCAUCUUGUUCAAGAUUGAGUGCUGAUGCUGAAAACGAGCCCCAACUAUGCCUUGAAAAACCUCAAUUCUCAGGUUUGUCAGAGGGUCCUGUCACAAAAUUGAAUAUGAAUAUGAUCUGCAGCAGUUCAGCAACUGAGUUACCGCUUUUGCCACAAAAGGUUGAACAACAAGGUCCUCACAAAAGUCUGCAGUGUUUGCCAAAUUCAGAAGAUACACCCAAUGUGAAAAUAUUCGGGAAGGUACUAACCAUUCCUUCAUCCACCCAGAAGCCUAAUUCAAGUGCCAAGAGAAACGAAGAAAAUGGUACCCAUGAUAAUACUGGUACAGAAUCAGCGAAGCUGAAGGUUUAUGACAAUGAUUUCCGGGGCAUUGAUUUCAAUGCCCCCAUCAUGAAUUCUGGUCAUGGGAGCACAGUACAGCCUGCAUUUUCACCACCACUUCCGGAUUUCAAUGCUCCUUAUAUGGGCUGUAGUCAUGGGAAUACAAUACAGUCUGGUUUCUCAUCACUCCCUGCUUCUUCCAUUUUGCUCGCGAAGUAUCCUGCUGCAUUUGGUCUGAAUGCGCAGCCAUUUAUAGAUGACGACAUGCGGAGAGCAAAUGGUUCAGAAGAGAAAGAGGAUCCGAGUAGUUAGACGUGUUCAGAGACAACAACUCAUUGUAUUAUAACUUUUCUUCAUCCUCUUUUAUUUUUUUAGACCGGUAAUAAUUUAAAUAUGGCUGCAGCCAUGUCAUUGUUGUAUUUUAUAGGAAUUCUUGAAUAAUUUUUUAAGAUAUUUAAGGGCAAUUGCCCAUUUUGGGUACCUUAACCCUACACACUGCUCA